AUGCUUGCUGACACUUGUAUGAAGAGCUCCAUCAAAUACAACGCAUCCGUCGACACCCGUCAGCCGACAGCCGUCAUAGUCGAUAUCACUCGAGAUAUCACAUUGCCCGAAGAUGCAUCACAUCCGAGCACCUUGCCUGUUUUUGAGCCAUACCCUAUACCGACCACGAUAGAAAAAAUGCCCUCGGGUAUCACUACACAGCUUUUACAUGCUUCGCUUGACUAUGUGGAGAGCUUGGCGGGGGCGGAGGUUCCAAUAGGAGACAGUUCUACCAUGGCCUUGGCAGAUGUUACAGUCAUUCGUACAACACGGGAGGCAGGCAGUGGCUUUAGCGGUGGUCUUACUGAUUCAUCAAACCAUACUGCUGCAACGAAUGGCUCUGCCUCAUGGCCCUUGGACACUGCUAAUAAGGACAUCUCUUUUGCAACUGUACAUACCAACCAAGAAGCCGCGGAGGUCUGGCCAGUCCCAACGUCUCGCGCUAUUUUCAGAAUCUCUACGGCUGGUUCGGAGCAUAUGAGCACCGGAGCUUCUACCCGAUAUGACGAGCCCACGGAAGCCAAGAACGGUGGAGGUUUCAGUAACUUCACCAUCCAACGUUCGCCAUCGCACACAAGACCCUCCAGUGAGGCUAACAGUGGCAAAAUAUUUAUGACCACUGAGCCUGAAGGGCAGGUUUCAGCAUCGACGCUGCCACAUACAUACACGGAGACAGGAAAUUGGACCCCAGGCCCGUCAAGCACUGCGAUAACCCCGGCCCCUGAACCACAUGGCGCCAUCAUGGAUGGAACUGAGUUUUCAAGACGACUUUCCCAACGGGGUGUAGCGUUGGUACUUGGAAGUGUAGCUGGGGGAACUAUUAUUUUCAUCGGCAUGGUUCGUUUGCACCGGCUCAUUCUUCGGCUAUUCCACAGAAGCGUGCAGGGAUCAACAAUGCGCCGUGGGCCAGUAUCGACGGAUGAUCCGUUUGUCAGGCAGACUCCCACAGUCUCUUCCAAUGUUGCUGGUAUUUCACAUUUUUCCGCUGACUCUUAG